CAAUUACCGAGUCCAAACUUUGGGUUUCUGAACUCGUUUCUUUUAUGUCGUUUUGUUUUCAUGUUGAUUUGAGGCUUGCGAAUCGGGGGAGGAGGAGGAACUUGAAGGAACUUGGAGGAGUUAAGGUGCUUCGAGAAGGCCAUGACUGGGAGCAUCACAAGCAGGGUACUGGGCAUCCAAAACAAGUAUCUAAGCCUCGAGUGUUUGUUGACAGAUCUGGCCUUUGUUGAUAGAUGGGUUCUAAACAGAACAUAAAAAUAAUCUAAAUAGAACAUAAAAGUCAUUUAAAUAGAUCAGAGCUACUUCGUUCAGUUCUCGCGGCAGAUUUUUUCCGAGUUCAAUUUAACUGCAACUUUUUCCGAGUUCAAUUGAAAUUGUCGACCCUGUUUCUUGCAUGGUUGUUUAAAGUUAUAGACGUGGAACUUAUGUUACACUUCCCUUUAUGUUCCUUGAUCUACACAAGUAUCCUUAGUAGGAUUUCGACUUUGUGUGCUUAUGUCAUGAUCUCUGUUCCCGUCUUGCAGACGUGGCGAUUGUAACCUCAUUGCGAGAUAGAAUGAAUCUCGUUACUUAUGAGUUUGUAGCAUGCCAAUAUUCAAAGAGAGGUGUUCUUAUUCUCAGCGAGGUACUUAGAUAUUAGUCAGCCGAUUUCAAUUCAUUCUCAUACAACUCAAAUUAUAUUUUAGAAUGCGUUGAUUCUCUAUGAUGAGUUCACGAAUUCUAUUUUGACCGAAGAUCAUACUUCAGAAAGCAUGUGUUCUUCCUUUGACAUGCAAUUACUGUAUCGAUAAUCGCAUACGUGAGAUUCUGACUCUGACCAUCUUAAAUUGCUGUAUUUUUUUCUGGACAGUGAGCUCAAUGAUACAGUGGUUGAGGCACAACUAAGGACGAGGCAAGUCCCACCCGGGCUUCCACAGGGAGAUGCGAUUGAAUGUUAUCUCAACUCCCACAAUCGAUUGCUCAUACUGGUAUGCUUUCAACCCUUAAGCCAUUGUCUUUGUGCCCCAGUUUGUCCAUUUCAAAAACAUCGCCUCGAGAAAAGGACUAGAAUUGUUUCUAAAAUACUUACAGAACUGAACAUAUCCUAGAUUGAAGAAUGCACCAUUUUUCUUUCGUGGGACCGACUUCUCUGGAGUGCAUUUUCAAAUGCUUACAACCAUAGUGUAUUUUUUUUAAUGAAAACUACCAUCGUGUAUUUGAGUUGCAUCAUUCUAAUGCAUUUGAGAUUACAGUGCCUAAUACACUCAAACAAAUCAAAAGUGUCAACGAAAAAUGAUAUAUUUGUUCAAUUCUAUUGAUAGUAUAUCUCUUCGUAAUGCAGUUGAGGCCUCAAGGUAAUCUGAAGUGGACAAAUUGAAAAAGCACUUCAGACUGGAGGUAAAUUACGCAUUUCCAAUGUCACUGUUGCAAAUUUAGGCGGCUAUACUGGUUAGACACAUGAAUGGGUUUCCAUAUAUUUGGCUUCAACAUCCGAUUCAAAGAUCUACCUGUUCUUAUGCUGACAGUUUAUGGAGGAGCAACCCGUGAGGCAUUAGCUAGCCAGGUCUGUUUCACACAAAAGAAAAAAAAAGAAAACAAAGAAGAAAAUCCAGGUAUGUCCUUUCAAUUGCAAACAGUUCAUGUCCCGCAAUGUACCCUUCGUCCAACAAAAAUAUGAAAGUGUCGAUGGAGUUUACUUUUGUGAAAUAUACCAAGAUAAAAGAUUUUGUCCCCUAAAAUCAAUAAUGAAAUUGUAAACUCAAUAAAAAGUGGUCAUUGCUUUCCAUGGGCGUUUCAACUUCUUGCUAUGGAAGUGCUAGUGAACUUCAUUUGUUUUUCUUGAUGCUUCUGUUCUUUGCACCACGGGUUCUAGUCUGAUGUUGUUUCUGUACCAGACCAAAAUAAGAUAAAAUAAUAUUAAAGAUGUAACUUCCAACACAAAGAACCAUCUAAUCUUGCUGGUUAAAUCAUUAGUGUGAUUGGAAAAGUACCAGUUCAUGUUCAUCGCCUGGACGAUCAUCAUGACGACUAGUACUCCCAGCACUAUGUCCUGUAUGCUUCUUAGCUCCCUUCUCUGCUCCCUUCUCUUGUUGACUAGUUUUGCUCCUAGUACGUGCCCCGAUCUGUUAGAGGGCAAAUAAACUCUUAAGCUAAUAGCCAUUUCUAACAAAUCGAUAAUUUAGUGAAUAAACAAAUGAUAUAUAACCUUCUGUUGUGGCUGACUUUUCCCUAUGGGCUCUCCAGUAGUAUUAUGCCUGCUCGUUCGUUGCUUCUGGUAAAAACAAAAUAACAUUUGUAGUUUAUUAACUCUAAUAACUAUAUCAAGAACACUUAACCAGAGAUGCUAAUUACCUUUUGGGGCUGACCACCUUGGUCAUCAUCUCCAUCAUCGUCGUCUCCAUCUUCUCCGUCGUCCCCAUCAUCGUCCCCAUCAUCGUCCAUGUCAUCGUCGUCAUCCUCCUCAUCAGAUUGAGAUUCUACCACGUCGGCUGGGGGGUUAGUACAAGUGCUCCUAUAAUGCCCAUCCCUUAGCCCGCAGUUCCCACACUUUCUUCUUUUUUUUCUUAAGUGGUUUUUUCCCUUUUCCUUUCCUACAACCCUUAAACCUCACUUGAUUUGGGUUCAAUACAUCUUUGAACUUGUCUGGUAUGACAAUCCUUUCUCUCUCGGCGGGGGUUUUCUUUACCAUCUCCAACUUGUUACACGCUGCUGUCAACUCAUCUUGAGCCAUUCGAUAAGAGAGAGGAGUGUCUGCUCCUAAUAAGCAGAAUCGUUGAGCCAUGAACUGUAGCGACCCGUACCUAAUGUUGAAACUACUGUCAUCCCCCAAUGUACUUGGUUCUGGCAGAGUGUGUAGGGACUUUGGGUUCUUCGAGCAACGUCUGAGUACUAGUUUUUCAGGAAUGGUCUUCACUUUUUCUUCUUUGAGAACAAAUAGCAUAUGAACGCAGGGUAUCCCAAUACUCUUAAACUUUUGACAACUGCAUUCCAUAUCACUUGUUUCAAUGUUGUAUUUCACCUCUAUGACCUUCUCUUUGUUGAACAUGGUAACAGUGUAAGUGUGUAGGUUCCCCUCUUCAGUUUGGUUAACCUUAAUGACUCCAAUAACCUCCUCCAACUCAUUUUUGAACAAAAGAAAUGCAGCCUUUGAGAAAAGCUUUGCUGCACUUUGCUCGAGGGGCUUUAGGAUUGAAUUCUUUAUAGGAACUACACCAUAAUUAGACUCAAAAUCUAAUCUAAUCUCUGUCUCUCUCAUGUCUCUGAGCCACCGGUCGUAUUGAGUGAAAAAGUCAAGCAAACAGAACCUCUCAUUUUCAUACCUUGCAACAACCGCAUUUAUGCUUUCACAUCUUGAUGUGGUUGUCAACCCAGCAAAGAAAUGUGAGCGCAAGUAUGUGUCCGCCCAUUCGUUGCGUCUCCCAAAUAGUUUUUUCGACACCCAUUGGUUGUUCUGGAGUUCGCAUUCCUCUACCAAUGCAUUCCAUUUCUCCUCAAAUUCUUCUGGCUCGUACUCAGCAGUUACUAACUUCUUCCACUGGGGCUCAAAGUCGGGUCGAUUCUUCACCCUGCCAGUGAUAUUCUUGGACAAAUGCCAUGCACAUAGCCGAUGUGUUGCAUUUGGAAACACAUUAGCAAUAGCUUUCCUCAUUGCUUUAUCCCCAUCCGUUACAACUGUACGUAGCGGAAUGUCCCCCAACAUUUCCUUCACUAUCUUCAACGCCCAAAUAUAGGUUUCGUCAGUCUCAUUGGGCAACAGUGCACUCCCGAAUAAGCAAGUUUUGAAGUGAUUGUUGAUACCUACAAUGUCAAACAGAAACUCGGAAAAAUCAGAAUCUUUUGAACUAGCAGGAGAAAAGCUAAAACUGUGAGGAAAAUGUAAACAAUGGUAGAGUUCAUAUAAUCAGAAACUUGCUGUUUUCUAGAUGCCAUUAUGUGUAUUCAAACAACAAAGCAAAGGAUAAUACUUAGAGGGCAUACUAAGAUGGCGUGCCUGUAAAAAUGACCAGUGGCAUAUUGUAAAUGUUUUUUUUGGUAAGUUGUGUCAAAUGCGAGCAACUCUCCAAAACACGAAAUGUCGGCUCUGCAAAUGCUCUCAGCCCAAAAUAAAAAAUGGAGCCUUUUUUCCUCAUCAGUAGUGUAUCGGAGGAGGAAGUGUGGGUCUGUGCUUUUCUUUGAUUCUAGAUAGGCCAGUGCAGUUGCUGCAUCACCCUCGCUGAUUCUCUCAGCGCGGUCUUUGGUGCUGAAAUUUAACCCAUCUUUAACUGUAUACCCAAGUUUGUCAUGCCCUCCAGCACAAUGCACAGCAAGCUUAAUGGCCUGAGAAGGUUUCAUUCCGGCAUCCUUUUUAAAUCGGAGGUCUGCCUUGUCUGCUUCUGUUAAUCCUCGAUGCGACCUCAAGUAAUGUACCUGAUUCUGCCUAACUAGGUCAUGAGUGUGCUGUGAGUUAAAUAUAUCAGCCACCCACUUAUUGCUUGUUUUGUUCAAGCUCACACGAAACAUAGCCAUGCACUGAAAUCUGAUCUCCAUAGGCGACUCCCUCUUUUGUGGACCUUUAUGUGCUUCUCGAACUCCCUGACAAGAACACACGAAGGCUGCACUUGUUACCUCUCCCUUGACGUUCUUAACCUUCCUUGAGCGACGGACAGAAAACCCCCAACUCUUAGCAUAGUUGUUGUAGAACGCAUAUGCAUCCUCAAAAUGAUUGAAUUCCUGACAGAUAAAAGGAGAAUUUUGAGUAACGUUUGUGUCAUCCUCCUCUACAGUAGGACCAUCGCUGUCAGAGGUCAUUGUUUCUGGUAUGAUUUCAACAUCGCUGUCUUCAUUGUUGUUGAUAUUAUCUCCCUCUUCCUCCAUUGGUGUGCCGUCUUUUUGCUGUUUGUGGGGAGGGGCUGAAUCGGGCGCAAAGCAGAGGUCUUUUUGCUGUUGUUGUUAACCUAAUCCGUUUUUCACGUGUUAUUAGUUUUUUCUAUUUUUUUCCGUCAUGGUGUACAGUUUAUUUUUAUAUUUUAGUACUUUAAAUUUUUAUUAUAUUGUUUCCCGUUAUGGUUACUAGUUGGAUAAAGAAUGCAACUAAUAAAGAAUGCUUGAAUUACCGAAAAAAAAAUACUAAAGAAUGCUUGCGUGUUAUAUAUGGUAGAUUCAACUUCCAAAUAGGUGAUGCGGAUUGUUUCCAUGUUAAUUAUUACCGGUAAAAAUAUUAUUUUUCUUUUCCAUGUGGAGGUUAAUGAGGAAGAUAAAGUUUCCAGUAUCCUUACAGAGAAAAACACUCACCCGUUGGCCCUAGUUUAAGAAUGCUAACUCCUUUUCUGCAUUCACCAGGAGCUCAUUCAGGACAGGAGCUCGGUCAGGGGGGCAGAAACCAGGAGAAAUAUGCAGAACGAUAAGGACGGGAGGAUGAUGACAAAACGCAAGACCAGAAAUUCUUCCAAAUUAAUGGAUGAAUCUCGAGGAAAGAAAGGUAGAACUGAAGAUGGUGUGAUCCAGAUUGAUGGUGAUUUGCAGGCAGAUUGGAAUGACUUAGUUUCGAAAGGCCGUACCAGAUUUUCUUACUUACAAUUCGACAAGAAGGUAUGAUAAUCUAGCCCACCAAUUUUCCCCACUUAGAACAAAAUCAAUUGUUUUUA